GCGUCGUCGGUACAUGCAGAUCGGAUCGGGCUAAGGCGCAGCGAUGAAAGAAAUCUACGCUACGAUCCUGGUGGCUUCGGUCAUUCUAGUGGCCCAGGGUGGCCGACAGUUUCCAGCACACUUUCGGUUCGGUGUCGCUACGUCCUCGUACCAGAUCGAGGGAGGAUGGAACGAGGAUGGUAAGGGUGAGUCGAUCUGGGAUCGGUUGACGCACGAGAAGCCUCACAAAAUAGCCGAUGGCUCCAAUGGAGACAUAGCCUGCGAUAGCUACCAUCAGUGGCAACGUGAUGUGGAGAUGGUUCGCGAACUGGGAGUGGACUACUAUCGCUUCUCACUCGCCUGGAGCCGUAUCAUGCCAACCGGAAUGAGCAACAACGUUAACGAAAAGGGCAUCGAGUACUACAACCAUCUCAUCAACGGGCUGCUGGCCUAUAACAUUACGCCGAUGGUGACCCUGUACCAUUGGGAUCUGCCAGAGCGGCUACAAGAGAUGGGCGGCUGGACCAAUCGGGAGAUUAUCGAGUACUUCCGGGAGUAUGCAAUGGUUGCCUUCGCUCGGUUUGGCGAUCGAGUCAAGUUUUGGACAACGUUCAACGAACCGAAGCAGACUUGCAAGGAGUCGUACGAACAGGAUGCUAUGGCUCCGGGGUAUGAGUUCCCCGGGGUGUACAGCUACCUCUGUUCGCAUCAUGUGCUGCUUGCGCAUGCCGAUGCUGUUGAAGUGUAUAGAAAGAAUUUCCAGGGCCCUCAAAGCGGAGUCAUCGGAAUGGUUGUUGACUCUUCGUGGAGCGAACCCAACACGCCAGCGGAUGAGGAAGCCUCCGAACGAUCCAUGCAGUUUACUCUUGGAAUCUACAUGCAUCCGAUUUACCACGGGAACUACCCGGCGGUGAUGAUCGAGCGCAUCGGGAACCUGAGCGCCCGCCAAGGCUUCCACAAGUCGCGUCUGCCCUCGUUCACGCCGGAAGAAAUCGCAAAAGUGAAAGGAUCGUCCGACUACUUCGGAUUCAAUGCGUACACCACGCGGCUGGUGUGGCAAAAUGGAGAUGCCAAUCCGGGCCACUUUGGUGAACCUUCUUUCGAUCACGAUCGCGAUGUGUAUGAUUACAUUGACCCCGCUUGGCCGUCGACUGCUUCGCCGUGGCUCAAGGUGUAUCCCCGAGGGAUGUACAGCGUGCUGCGAUGGAUACGGCGCGAGUACAACAAUCCACCGGUCUUUAUCACCGAGAACGGCGUCAGCGAUCGGGACGGUACCCGAGAUUUACAGCGAGUGGAGUACUUCAACUCAUAUCUGGAGGCCGUCCUCGAUGCGAUCGAUGAUGGGUGUGACGUGCGAGGUUAUACUGCGUGGUCGCUUAUGGAUAACUUCGAGUGGCGCGCUGGCUACUCGCAACGGUUUGGACUCUACUAUGUGGACUUCAAGGAUCCAGCUCGACCGCGGUACGCCAAAAUGUCGGCCAAAGUUUACGCGAACAUUGUCCGAACCCGCUCCGUCGAUCCAGACUAUCUCCCGGAACCGGACGUUCUGAUUCCUGACGGGGAGUGAUGUUUGGUGUUGACAGUAGA